GCGGACACAAUGAGGAGGAGCCGCCGCGCCGCCGCCUGAGCGGGCCUAGCCUGGCUGCUCCCCGCUUUGCCCUGCCCGCACUCAGCCCGCCGCCUUUCCACGUCCUCCGCUGAGCCUUGCUGAGCUGCCGGGCCCCGCUUUGCUUUGCCUCGCCUCGCCUCCCCUUCUCUGGGCCUUGCCUUGUCUUUCCCGGCCCGCUCGGCGGCCCCGCCCGCCCGCCCUCAGCGCGGCCGCCCCUGAGCGCGGCGCGGCUCGGCCCGGCGGCGGCAUGAAGCUGACGGACAACGUCCUGCGGAGCUUCCGCGUGGCCAAGGUGUUCCGCGAGAACUCGGACAAGAUCAACUGCUUCGACUUCAGCCCCAACGGCGAGACAGUCAUCUCCAGCAGCGACGACGACUCCAUCGUGCUGUACGACUGCCAGGAGGGCAAACCGAAGAGAACGCUGUACAGUAAGAAGUAUGGAGUGGACCUCAUCAGAUACACACACGCAGCCAACACAGUUGUGUACAGCUCCAACAAAAUAGAUGAUACAAUCCGAUACCUCUCGCUGCAUGACAACAAAUACAUUCGGUAUUUCCCCGGGCAUACCAAAAGAGUGGUUGCCCUUUCAAUGUCUCCAGUGGAUGAUACUUUUAUUUCUGGAUCCCUUGAUAAAACUAUUCGACUCUGGGAUCUUCGCUCUCCGAAUUGCCAGGGUUUAAUGCAUCUCCAGGGGAAACCAGUGUGCUCUUUUGACCCAGAAGGGUUGAUUUUUGCUGCUGGAGUCAAUUCUGAAAUGGUGAAGCUUUAUGAUCUCCGCUCUUUUGACAAGGGGCCAUUUGCUACGUUUAAGAUGCAGUAUGACCGCACGUGUGAGUGGACAGGCCUAAAGUUCAGUAAUGAUGGCAAACUCAUCCUUAUAUCAACUAAUGGAGGAUUCAUUCGACUGAUUGAUGCCUUUAAAGGAGCUGUCCUGCAUACGUUUGGGGGAUAUAACAACAGUAAGGCUGUCACGCUGGAGGCGUCGUUCACACCAGACUCUCAGUUCAUCAUGAUAGGAUCAGAGGAUGGGAAGAUUCAUGUUUGGAAUGGGGAAAGUGGGAUGAAAGUGGCCGUACUGGAUGGGAAACACACAGGUCCUAUAACCUGUCUGCAGUUCAACCCCAAAUUCAUGACUUUUGCUAGCGCAUGUUCAAAUAUGGCCUUCUGGUUGCCGACUAUUGAUGACUAAUUCCUACACUGCAGCUACUGUCAGAUGACUUUCCAUACUGCUAACAGCAGCGUAUUCUUGCAAGGAUAGUAUUGGAGUUGCCUACAUCUUCUAGACUCUGAUCCCAUUCCUGUAUAUGUUUCCAUAUGUCUUACCUUAUUGGCUGCAUUCCUCUCCAAGGACUCCUCCACUUGACCUCCUAGCAUGUUCAGAAGUGACAUACAACACUUCCUUUCCUUGCAGACCAUGCCCAGCAGGCUUCAGCUGAAGUUGGAGCUGGCACAGUAUUAUGAAAGCAGGGGAGUCUGCUUUAUUUACAAUAUGCUUGUGGCAGUUUUUAAGCUGUAAUUUUGUAUUAUAUCCUUCUUGAAGUGCACAACGCAAUUGAUGUUCUGGGGUGGAAUGUGCAGUUCCUUCCCACAAGUGCAUGUUUUUCACAUCUGGGAUCUCUGUUUCACUGCAGUCCACGGAUGGAAAUUACUUCUGUGCCAAAUGUGAACACUGACAGCUUUCAACUCAAAUAGCAGAUGCUGGAAUCUCUUGCAGUUGAACACAUGCUGAAAGAGUGGGUGACUACAUUUUCAUCACACAUCCUAUCAUCCUUUUUUGGCAAUUUAGCCUGCAACAAACCAUACACGUUUUACACUGCCAGAGCUUUAAGAAGCCUCCGUGCUGUUUGCUCUGCCAGCAUCCCAGAGGGCGCACGCAGUGCUGGAGUGUGGUCUGUGUCCCAAGCAAUAAAGGAGUCUGUCAGCAGGAAGAUGGGGAAACCAAACUGGGACUGAAAGCACAGUCUGCCUCUAUAUCUUCCUUAUGUAUCAUCAUGGCUGAUUUUUGUAAAUAUUUUUGGGGGGCAGUGGGAAUGGGCCAUAUUUUUUUACUUUUAGAUAUUAAAGAAUGUGAUGUGGGCCAGUGGUGUGGGAUGUCAAAGCUGUUUACUUUCACCAAUGCAGUUUUCCCCCUCCUGGUUUGUAAAUAAGCUCCGUUAAGUGCUCCCCAGACUGGGGUUAGACCUGUAUCACUUGGUUGAUGCAACAGCAUGCACAGUUGGUUCAUUAUUUCAUCAUGCACUUGUUACAGAGUGUACAGGUUUACAGCAGCAGCCUGAAAAGAGCGAUGCUUUAUUUACCAGCUGGAAUUGCAUUGAAAGUAAAGCUUAACAUGGUCUUGCUGGCUUUGCUCUGCUGUGGCCCUGCUCCAAGGACCACCCCCACAGAGAUGGGAGGGACAUGCUCUCCUGCUCCAGUGGGGCUCGCUGGCAAAUUAUACAGUCUUCAAGCCUUGUUCCAUGUUCUUUCUCCUGUGAUGUUGCAUUGAUUAGAUACAUCCAGUGGCAGGCCACGACGGGCUCAGAAUGAAUGUGGCAUUUAUUGUAUUCUUACCUUUCUAAAUGUGCUUGGUGUUAUAUGCUGGGCCUUGGCCUGGAAAGUGUUCUUCCCUUCUCCUGAAUGUAAAAUGUUGGCAAGGUGAAAAACACAGCUAUGGGCAUUUUCUCCGUGCACUCCAGUAUCAAUCCACACUGGAAAAUGGUGCUCAAGCAUUUUACCUUUGGUCAGUUAUCUAGCAAAGUAUUACAGCAAGGUUCUCAGCUGAGAAGAACCUGAACUCAGAGCCUGUCUCCUCCACAAGUAGAACAGCUGCUCCUGUUUUGCUUUUCCUCGCCUUUUAUGUUUUUUACAGCCUUUGUCAAAUGGAAAUGAGCUGCACAAAGAACUGGGGAUUUGGAACGAGCGUUUCUCCACUGCUGGUUCCUCUAAAGCACCACUGCCUGCUGAGCUGCAGCCUUUGCCUGUGACAGUCUUCGGGAGGACUGCUGUGCGUGAGGCAGUCUGAGAAGCUCCAUGUUUGAUGCUGUUGUGGCUGCUUUCUGCUUAGGCUGAGUGGCUUGCCUCUGCUGCCAUUACCACGCAUGUUUUGAGCCAUUUCUCAUGUCAUCGCCUGUGAUGUGAGUGUGCCUGCCUGUCCUCCAGUGGGGGAGCGAGGGGAGCAGCGGACCAACGCUUCUGCUUUCACCAAACCUUUCUGCUGUCAGAGCUAAAGUUGAGAGAUUCAUACUACGACACCAGCAUCCCUCUUCCCGCUGCGUACUGUCCCACCAGCUCCUAGAAACGCCCAGGACAAAGGGAGCUGGAUGUCUCAGACCUCACAGUUGACUGGGUUUUCACCACCACCUCCCAAGCUUGGUGUUGUUGCGUUUCAGGCUGCUUGGUGCUAUUUUACCUUUCUCAGUGUUUCUGUAAGCAGCCGUCUUCUGCAGCGGUUUGUAACGUGGAGCUGCUUGGGCUCUGUAGUGUGUUUUAACAGUUUGAUUUUUACACUCAGUAGCCAUUGGUCUUUGGGGGUUCUAAAGUCUGUUGCCUUAGCGAAUGGAUACCCACCCAGGUGUUCUUUCCCGUUACUCUUAAUAGGGAAGCAUCUGGAAGUCUGUGAUUCUAAAAAUGUUCUUUGUUGGCGUGGCUUGAGUGCUUGUCUAAAAAUCGUUACUCAGUUCUCUUCUGCUUGCAGUGUUGUACAACUUUGUGCAUUGCGGCAUGAAAUGCUUUUUUUAAGAAAAAAAAAAAAGGACCAAAGUACCCAUCUAGAAGGACACAUCCACUAAGAGCAUCAGUGGGAUUCUACAGUGAGAUGAACUCACAGGUUUGUGCCCAGCGCAGCACUAAGGCUCAGUUCAAACUGGAAUGCUUUCCCAGGGCCAAGCACAACCUGCACGGUGGCAAAACCAUCUUAGGGGUUGGUGGGGCAGUGAAUGUUCUCCAUUUGCCUUUAAAAGAAGGAAAUGGGCCGAGUAGUGUCAAGAAACUUUAGUAUCCCGUGUUCCUGACAGAUUAGGUGAGUAAAGGUGUUAGUUUCCAGCUUCUACAGGCUUCUCUAAAGGUUACAAGACUACAGUUCUUGUGUUCUUCGGGGCACCUAGCUAAUGAGAAAUGUACCUCGUUAAAAACAGCACUCCCAGAUCUAACAGUGUCCAAACUUAUGUAAAGCCAAGUAGGAAACAGCAUUCUGCACCCCACCCCCCUGCUGGACAUCUUUUAUGCCAACCCUUUGUUCUUUGGGAUGAAAUAAAGGUGAAGGGGAAUCAA